UUUCUUUACUGGACUACACAACAGCAACAACACACCGGAGCGACUGAGCUGAAGGAUCUCUGCUGUUUUCAAAGAAGAGCGAGAGGAUCAAUUUGAAGGAUCUCAUGACAAGUUACAGCAACGGAGGAAUCUUUAACCCUGCCUACCAUGACAGCGAGACUCUGGAGAUUGAUAGAAGGUUCUCCAGGAAACCCCACCACACAAACCCUUACGCCGGGGCAGACGCAGCCUGGCGGGGUGACGGGGCAGACACACAUCUAAGCGGUCAGACGGGCAGAGACGAUGCUGGGAGAGUACCAUGGGGGGGCUGGCAGGAGGAGAGCUGGAGGGGGAGGCAGAGCAUCCCCAUGGGCCUCAUCUCAACGCGCCCCGGGAGCCCCUCAUGGCAGCAUGAGCACAAUCACAGCACCUUCCAAAUCCCCCCAGACUCUCAGUAUGAUCGACCCGCUCGACUUCCUUCUGCCAUGUCAGGGAACAUGACAAUGAGAUGGAGAGGAAUCACAAUGAGACGGAUGAGCAUGUUUCCCACUGCUGAUCCUGCCCAUAUGGCUUUCACAGAAGACGCCAUCAGGAAUGAAAUGGAGAAUGAGGAACAGAACCUGGUCAAGGAACUCGUCGCCCUGUCAACGCGGGACCGAAUCCGGGCAAUCCGGGACCUUCCGAUGAGCUUUGAAGACAAGAAGCAAAUCAGGAGCCAAGUACUGGCAUUCAAAUCUGCCAAACAAUCCCGCAAGUUCACAUGUUUCGCAGACUGCACUGAGAAUGUGUCACUGUCUCUCCGCAGGUGUGGCUACAGUGUAAGGUCAGCCAAGCAGAGCCUGGAGCUGUGGCAAGGCAUCAUCAAGGAGGUAGGCGGCAGGUUUGGCACCAGCGUCCUCUCCUACUUCCUGUUCCUCAGAUGGCUGCUCAUGUUCAACAUUUUCUCCUUCCUGGUCAACUUUGGCUUCAUCACCAUUCCGCUGCUUGUUUCCGACCCCACACCCAACAUACCUGUGGAUGUGAGCUUCAGAGGACUGGAGUUACUGACUGGAGCUGGUUACUUCAACUACACCGUCAUGUACUACGGCGGCUACAGCAAUGGAACCCUGGUGGGUCUGGUGGAGUACAACAUGCAGCUGGCCUACUUCUUCACCAUCACAGUCUACAUGGUGCUGUGUGGAAUUGCACUCAUCUUCAGCAUGGCAAGCUCGUUCAAGAAGAACUACGUACUAGCAGACCCAGCCUCCAGCAGUGCGUGGCAGCUCCUGUGCAGCUGGGAUUUCAGUAUAACCAAUGAGAGAGCGGUGAGACAACGCAAGAACAACCUGCGCAUCCAACUACAGGAGUCUCUGUCAGAGAAGGCCCAGGGGGAGCUGCUCACCCUCUCCGAGAAGCUGAAGCACUUCGGGAUUCAUUUCGGUUCCUGGCUUCUCUCCACCGGCCUGGCUGUUGGCUGCGGAGCUAGCAUCUAUUAUCUCUGCCAAUAUGAACAGCAGCACAUAGAAGAUGAAGCCAACUGGUCUCUGCUCCAGGAGGCAAAGACUCUCCUGGUCCCCUUUGUGGUGUCUCUGAUUAACCUGGUUGUCCCGCUCUUCUACUCCCUCUUCAACAAGUUUGAGAUAUACUCCAGCCAGCGGAGGCAGAUCUACGCUCUGGUCAUCAGAAAUGUGUUUCUCAAGAUGUCCAUCCUGGCUGUCUUGUGCUAUCAUUGGAUGAACGUGGUGGCUGAGAAGUUUUCGUGCUGGGAGUCCAUGGUGGGACAGGCUCUGUACCGUCUGGUCAUUUUUGAUUUCCUCUUUCUGAUGUUGGGAUCCUUCUUUGGAGAGUUUCUAAGCAAUGUUGUUGGGACAAGAUUAUUACCACGUCUGGGGGUUCCAGAGUUUGACAUUGCCAGAAAUGUUCUUGAACUCAUCUACGCACAGACUCUGGCCUGGAUUGGAAUCUACUUCUCUCCUCUGCUGCCUGCCAUCCAGAUUCUCAAAUUUUUCAUCGUGUUUUACUUAAAGAAGGUCAGUCUGACCCAGAACUGCCAGCCUCCGCGGCGGUCAGGCCGAGCAGCUCAGAUGCAGACCAUCUUCAUCGCCCUCCUCUUCUUCCCUUUCUUUGUGGGAGCCCUGUCCAUGGUUGCAUACACUGCCUGGAGCCUGACUCCCUCAGAGGAGUGUGGGCCUUUCCGGAGACUCAACAAUACCUUCAGUGUGGUUGGUCUCUGGAUAGAUGAGCUUGAGGUGAUCUCCAGCUCUCACUGGGUCGUCUGGAUCUACCAAAAUAUCAUCAGAAGUGAAAUAUUCUACUUUUUCAUCACACUCAUCAUCUUGGUCAUAAUAUACAUCUUCUGGCAAGUCACGCAAGGCCGCAAGCAGCUUAUUGGCCAACUGAGACAACAGAUUGUUAACGAGGGGAAAGACAAGUCCUUCUUGUUGGAAAAGCUCCAGAACCUCCAGAAAUCCAAUCCAAAAAAACCCAAACAGAAGAAUCAGAAAAAGCAGAGCAGCCGGCGUUCAGACGACCACCCCUCAGGCGGUCAGUCCAACUCAAACGCCAUGGUUCAAGCUUUACUCGCUCGCCAGAGGCUUGAAGAGUUGGAGGAGGAAGAGGAGAGACACAGCGGCGGUGGAGUUCCCGUACCCUCAGACAUCUCCACCUCCAGCGCUCUGCUUCAGGCCAUGUUGGCCCGUCAGAGAGCUGAAGACCAGGACGAAGAUUUGCACCAGAUGCACACUACACACUCAUCGUCCUCCAGUGCCCUCGCGCAGGCCAUGCAAGCCAGGCAGAUGUCCCAGAUUCAAGAAGCAGAUGAGUACUUCAGCACAGGAGGUUUGUCCGACGGCACACCCAGCGCUCUCGCACAGGCCAUGCAAGCCAGACAAAGAGCAGGCGAGUACGGAGACACAGAUGGCCUGCCAUCCCCCGUGUCGGGUGUUAUGAUGCAAGUGAUGCAGGCCCGGCAGAGGGCAGAGGAGGUUCCACAGAACCAGGCUCCUGCAGGCUCCAGCGCCCUCAUACAGGCCAUGCUGGCCCGGCAGCAGGCCCAGAACGAGUACGAUGACGGUUACUGAACUUUAUCUUAGCGUGGGCAGAGGAACAGAACUGAAAAGAACAUGGCGGACUUCUUUAAGAUGACGGACACUUAUAUAUAUGAAAAUCAGUUCCAAGUUCAGAAAUUGGGUGAUUUUUUUUUUUUUUUUUUUUAAAUUGCAAUACAUUUAGUCCUGAUGUUCUGCAGGAGAGCAAAGAACUAAAACAGCUGCUGUAGCAGGACCAGGAGAGAGGGCCGGUCCACCUCUUCAUGCACCUUUUGAACAAGUACAUUUGAACAGUAUGUUUCUAUUGACAGUGUACGAGCCUUGUAGGGUUAAUUUGAAGUGGAGCACAGGAUGAGCGAGCACACCAUCACCAUCUGUGUCUCUUCAAACUACUUAAUUACUUCUGUAUCUGUGCUCAAAAAAAUCAAAAGAAGCUGUUAAUUUAAGCCUGAAACUGAUAAAGGUUGAUCAAAAGUUCUUAUAUUUAUUAUUUAUUAAAUAGACUAUUUGCUUUUUUUAAAAAACUUGAAUAAAUAAACUUUAGUCGGCCGCCCAA